GUCACUACCUGGGAAAUAGUUCAUCAGGUACAGUCCUGCUGGACACAGCCAAGGUCAUAACAGCUGAUUUGUUGGGUCUGCAGAAAUAGAGAGGAAAAAAUGUCUGUGUUGCAAAAUACACCAUAUGGACGGAGCUUAAAGCACUUAGAAUAUGCAGCACUAGGAGGACGAGCAUACCAGAUCAGGAAGGAACUCAAACAGGGCCUGGAAAAGCCUUUUAAAACCGUCAUAGAUGUAUCUUCUGGUAACCUGCACAGCGCAGGCAUAAAGCCUUUGACUUUUGUCAGACAGGUUUUUGCAGCAUGUCUUUAUCCUCAGCUGAUCAAGAGCAACAAGCUGCCUGCAGAUGUUAAGCAGAGAGCCCAGGCACUGCUUGAGGAAUGUGCUGGAGGCAGCGUGGGUUCGUACACUCCUACAAGAGGUAUACCAGAAGUUAUUCACAGAAUCUCCCAGUUUAUAACAUGGCGAGACAAGGGCGCAGCAUCCAAUCCAGAGAACAUAUACCUGACGCCAGGCUCACAGUGGGCUCUGGAGAACAUCUUGAAGAUCCUUGUUAACAGACUUGCAUCACCUGGAACAGGGAUUCUAACUCCAGUUCCAUGCUACAGCACUUCUAUUUUAUCCAUGAAUCUACUGGGGGCCAUUCUGGUGCCUUAUUAUCUGGAUGAGGAAAAUGGCUGGGAGCUUCAUGUCCAGGAGCUUCACCGAGCUUUGGCAUCUGCUAAAGGAGUGUGUAACCCCCGGGCUGUGUACAUCAUCAACCCCGGAAAUCCAGUAGGUCAGGUUCAAAGCAAGAAAUCAAUGCAAGAGGUGAUCCAGUUUGUUUAUGAGAAGAGGCUCAUCCUGCUAGCUGAUGAGGUUUACCAGGAUUCCAUUUAUACGGGAAACAGUACGUUUUACUCCUACAGAAAAGUCCUGUCAGAGAUGGGACCUCCUUUUUCAGACACAGUGGAACUGGCCUCUUUUCACUCAGUGUCCAAAGGUUUCAUAGGAGAGUGUGGUCUACGUUGUGGAUAUGUGGAGCUGGUAAAUCUGGACCCGUCCCUUAAAGACUACAUUUACAAAUUGUUUUCAAAAGACAGCUGUGCCCCUGUACUGGGUCAGAUUGCCAUGGAUUUAAUGACCAACCCUCCACAACCUGGAGAUCCCUCAUACUCUCUUUAUGAAGCAGAGAUCCGAGCAAUUAGAGAUACGGUGACUGAUAAUGUCAAGAGAGCCUCUGCGGUUUUCAACAGUUUGCCUUGUGUUUCCCAUCAUCCAGUCAAUGGAGGAGCAUUUCUAUUUCCCAAAAUUGACCUCCCAACCAAAGCUGUUCAGAAAGCAAAGAAAACUUGGAGCCAGACACAUUCUACUGUUACCGACUACUGGAAGAGACUGGCGUGUACGCCUGUCCCGGUUCAGAGUACGGACAGGCAGCAGGAAGCCACCACAUCAGGGUUUGUACCUUGAUAUCUCGGGAUGUCAUGGAGGAACUACUGACCCGCCUGUCAAGCUUUCACAGACGUUUCAUGAAGAAUCUUUCUUAAACACCGUGAUGUAACAAAAUAGCUAAGCUAAACAUUAGCAACACUGAUUCAGAGAAAAGUACAAAUUUAUUACCAAUAAAUAUUAACUUUAAUGGUAAUUAAAAUGACCUGAUCAGUCAUCUGUCCUGUCUUGACAUGUUAAGUAAGAGUAAAAUCUUCUUUCUGCCUUACAGGAAUUAAAUAAUCAACAAACAAUAUUUUAAAUCCAAAAUAAAACUGGAUCUUGUUCAA